CCUGGCUGCCAAAGUUGUUAAACAGGUGCUUAACAAUGCACUGUGUGCGAUGGAUGCUCAGAGCCAGGCAAACACAUCUGACCGUUCCAGCAAAUCAGGAGACCAGACAAACUGUGCCAGCACAGACAGAUCCUGUGAAUGUAAAGUUUGCCAGCACUCGGCUGAUGGAGGCAAAGAAAGGUUGGGGGGAAAGAAAGAGAAAGUUCAAGAAGGCAAGAGUGGGAGUGGAGUUAAAGAAAAGACGGAGUGGUUUAAUAAGAACAGGGAGGUGGGGAGCAGAGGCACAGACCAGGAAAAUAUCCUUGAUAUUUGUUGCCAUGGUACCUGUUGCCAUGACAAUAGACCAGGCCUGGAUGAGUUGAAGGACUUUUUGCAAGGAACGCCAGGAGAGAAACUUCUUAACCUCUGGAUGGAUAUAGAGAGACUGAAAACUACACAGAACAGACAGCGGAAGAACCGAAAUUUGGUCCUGAUGAGGAGCCGGUACCUGCUGAGCAGCAGCCAGAGCAGUCUCAAUGUGGAGCUGCUCUCCAGACUGGGACUGACUACCUCCCCCUGCUGGACAGAGGAGAAACUGCACUCAGUUCAGCCCUGCCUCACUGAGUCUCUGCUUUCCUACUGGGUUCCUCGGUUCUGGACGUCCCAGUAUGUUCAGGACGACCGUGAUGACUCCCCUCAUCUAGAGCUGUGGACAGAGUGCUGUGCUAUCCCUCUAUCAGACAUACAGCCCCACCAUGGUUCUAUGACUCUGCCUCCCCUCGGCCCUGACACGUGUCUGCCCCAGUCCACCCACGCUGUCCAUACACAGUUAUAUUUUAGCAGAAGUCAGUUACUGAGCAGCAGAAGAAUGGAAAAGAUGAUACUGGCUCUUUGUGUUGACUCGUAUGCCGGCUUAUACUUCACAAACUUCUGUGAACAAUCUGGAAACCAGCUUUGGGAGAAUGCCGUUAACUUUUGGACUGACCUGCAGCACUACCAUGAGCUGUUCUAUCAGGAUGGACUGGACCCCUACAGAAUACAGAGAGAGGCACAGCUCCUUUACUCCACCUAUCUCUUCAGCUCUGCCAAGAGGAGUAUCAGUGUUGAUGAAGACAUCAGAAGAGAGGUGUAUGACCAACUGAUGCCCGCUUUUGAGGAGCUGUUUGACAAGGUUGAGGAACACGUACUGAAUAUCCUGCUGGAGCCAUGGACACUGUUGGUCAGCAGGGACAAAGAGUCCUUCCAGAAGGUGCGUGUGCAGGAGGAGGUGCGCUUCAUCAACAGUCCGGAGUAUAGGGAACUCCAAAGUCUGCACGAGAAAUCCGAGUGCCGACUGAAACAGGUGGAGCAGAGUGGUUCCAUGCUAUUUCGCUCUCCUAACACACCUUCAACUCCCUCCUCAAAGGGCCCCCAGGCAUCUGACUCUUGGUCCAGAGUGUCUCCAAAUUACCAAGGCUAUCGUCUAGGUUCCUUACUUCGUCACCGCCAUGAAAUUGGGCACUUUAUGUCCUUCCUAAAGAAUCAGGAUGCCAGUAUCCAUCUGACAUGCUGGCUGGAUCUGGAACAAUACAGAAGGACUUCUCAGAAGGAUGAGGCUGUCAGACAGGAGAGAUCGUCUCAUAUUGCAACCAAAUACCUCAACAGGAAGUACUUCUUUGGCUCUGACAGCCCCGCCACAACGGAGCAACAGAAUGAUAUACUGCGUCUGGCAGGUGGGCUGGAGCGUUUGAAGCUAGAAUGUCUCUCGAACCCCGUCGUUGUGGAGAUCCAGGACAUCAUCAGGAGUCACAUUGAGAAACAAUGGCUGCCUCUGUUCCUGUCCACAGCAGAGUUCACAGAGAGAGUGAAAGACAAACCAAAGCCCCAAGCAGCAGACAGGCUCGCACAGCACGUCUACCGUCGACGCAGAACGAGGAGAGAAGCCUGGAAGGCUGAGGGCCUGUGGAUGAGUUCCUCCAAAGAGAUCCUGUUGUUUCGACGGAUCCUUCUCAACCCCGUCACUUGUACGCAGUUCCAGCACUUUGUCUCUCUGAAGGGAGACUUCCUAGAAAAUGAUGUGCUCUUCUGGCUGGAGGUGCAGAGAUAUAAGGACCUCUGUCAUUCCCACAGCGAUGAGGCCACCAUCCAGCAGAAGAUCUCCACCAUCAUUAACUGUUUCAUCAACUCCUCCAUGCCCCCUGCCCUGCAGAUAGACAUCCCUCCUGAACAGGCCCAGCAUGUUCUGGAGAAACGCCACGAGCUGGGCCCUUACAUCUUCAGAGAGGCACAGAUGUCAGUGUUCAGUGCUUUGCUGAAGUUUUGGCCUGAGUUUCAAGAGCUGAGCAGCAGCGUCCAAGAGGAGCAACUUCUUCCUUUGCUGCAAGAGAAACGAGUCAAACACAGAGCGAGAGUACGGCGACAGAGGAGGAAAGAGGAGGAAGAGGAAGAGGAGGAGGAGGAUGAGAGAAGAAGAGCUCAGGAAGAGCUGGAGAGACCAGAGUCCAAUUUUGGAGAGGAGGAAGAGAUGGAUGACGAAGAUGAGGUAGAAGAAGAACAAGGGGGAAAAGGUGGAAAAAAACAGUGGAGGACACAGAGCAGAGUGCAGACUCCCACACAGCCGUUGUCGUGGUCCUACUCCAAGUAUGUGGCAGCUCUGAGGAGAGAGGAGUUGCUGUUGAGGAGACAAAGUCAGCUGGAAGCCUCGUUCUCCACAGCCUCAGACUCCGCCUCUGACUGCAGUGUCAAGUCAGCAGACAGUAAACACAGCCGCCAGCCGCUCUCACAUCGCUCCUCCAGAACGGACAGUAAACAGUGUAACAGAUAUAACAGGGGUGUGAGAGCCUGCAACAUGAAAUAAAACCAAAGUGCAAGAAGUGACUUCAUGCCGCACAGCUUUGACACAAACAGAUGAUGGUGCCUGACACUGUUAUCGGAGCGCGAUGAGUGAAAACUGAGAGCAGAGCUGCUACUGAUAUCCUGAUGCUGAGGUAGAGGUUUGAGGCUGGGUUUACACAUGAUGUAAGAAUAUUUGCGUAAACCCUGUGUGACAAACGUCUACUAACUCUAAACAGUUAUUUUAACCAAUUCUAUAGUAUGUAUCUAUAACGCCUGGCUGCACAACAUGCAUUUUAUUUAUUUGCCAAUUUCAAACUCAAUUUUCUUCUUACAUAAUACACGA